AUGCCCUGCUUAAAAAACCAAGUCCAGCAAUUACUUGAGCAGAACUAUAAAUUGGCCCAGAAAGUGCAGAAACUGAAGAUUGUUUCUGGAAAAAAAGAAAACCAUUUAUGCGAGCUAAGAAAAGAGACUCAUGACUUAAGGAUUCAAAUAAGCAUACUAAGGAAUAAAGGUAGUGACUGUGCACAAAGACUAGAAACUGCUUUGCAAAUGUUUACCAAAACAGCAUUAACGCAUCUAGUGCAAGGAUCGAAUGCUGUUACAAGUAUAAUUGAGUGUAUGGAAAACUAUAUGAUAGAGAGAGAAGAGAUAGAAAUAUCUUCAGUCCAGUCUCUAAUAGACAGCACUCCAAAUACUGAGAGAAAUUAUAAUCAUAAUAAGCAUGUAGCCUCUUUGACUUCCUGUCAAGGGUCAAACAAAAAUCACAAGGGACAAGUUAGACCCUCGUCAAGGCGGGUAUUAAAAGAAGGAUACAAACCGCUUACAAUGAUAGAUGAGGAUAAUAUGACUCCUUAUCAAAACACUAGUGUGGAAGACAUGGGAUUAGACGAAGAAAAUGGUGGGUUCUCGGUACAAGAGGAUGGUGCAAACACACCGAGAGAUGAGAGAAGACUGGAUCAGCCAAUGGAAAGUCCUAUUCCACUUGACUCUCCCUGUUUCGAUGACGAUUCACCCUGGAGCAAUAAUAAGCAAUCCCAAGACGGGUCACCCUGGGAAAAACCGGGUCCAUCUCGAAAUGAAAAAGAAAAAGCAAACUCAUCGCUAGAAAACGAGUGCGUGGCUGAAGUUUCACCUUACUUGCCAUCACAGGAAAUUGAAGAGGGAAAUUCACAUAAACCACUAUUGAAAUACAGAUGUCAGAAAAGUGAUUCUCAAAACAGUGAAGAUAGGCCAGAGUUUGAUGCGUCGAACGAACACAACAGUCAUGGUGCAGUAAAUAUUUGCCUCAAUAGAUUCUUGGACAGGAUUAUUUGUACAAGGGGAUUUGAUAAUUCGAUGGAGGAGACGGCAAUACAUUGGAAGGCGACGUUGGAUCAGUAUCUUGUGGAACUGACGGGGAUGGAAGUGAACUACUACUAG